UUUUACUCUGAUUUCGGACCACUUAACUUAGCACAAAUUUAUCGUUAUUGUUGCAGGCUAAAUAGAAAAUUAAAAUCUGUUGUGCUUAGUAAAAAGAAGAUAGUUCACUGUACCAGUACAGAUGCUAAAAAGAAAACGAAUUCUGCUUUUUUGAUGGGUUGUUAUCAAAUAAUUUUCUUGAAUCGGUCUCCAGAUGAUGCAUAUGAAUACAUUACUUCCGGCAACGUAGGGCCGUUUAUUCCCUUUAGGGAUGCUUCACUGGGCCCUUCUUGCUACCACCUUUCUUUAUUAAAUUGUUUGCAUGGAUUUAAAAAGGUACAUUUAAAUCUUUUUUAUGUUUCGAAUAUUGAAUCAUACUUCAUCUCCUUCGCUCUCAAAGCGGGAAUAUUUUGUUUUGACACUUUCGAUUUGCUUGAAUACGAAUAUUAUGAAAAAGUUGAAAAUGGAGAUCUAAGUUGGAUUAUACCUUCAAAGAUUUUGGCAUUUUGUGGCCCACAUUCACAGACGCGACUUGAAAAUGGCAAGUUUGCUAUCCUUUCCAUUCACCCGAGUCUUACUUUAAUUUCUUUUGCCAAUGUAACAACCGUAAUUAGAUUGAACAAAAGGAUUUACGAUUCAAAACGAUUCACGGAUGCUGGUUUCGAGCAUUGUGAUUUGUUUUUUAUUGACGGCAGUGUGCCACCGGAUAAUAUAAUGGAACGUUUUCUCGAAAUUUGUGAGGCAACAAAAGGCGCGAUAGCAAUUCACUGCAAAGGGUCACCCACUACCACUCGAUUUAAAUAUAAAACAUAUACUUCCCGCCCUGAUAAACAAUCAUUCUACAUGGAAUUCUUGGGUAAAGGCCUUCAUAUUUAUGCCUAG